CCGCGCCCCUCCCCCGCAGGAGCUCGGAUGAGGAAGUGCAGCGCUGACAGGGCAGGGUUCCGUCAGAGAGUCGAAGCCGAACCGCGUCCAGACAGACCCGAACAGAACCGCACAGCGAACCGAACCCGCCUUCAGUCCCGCAGACACCGCCACCGAGCGCCGCAGACAUGAACGAGCAGCAGUUGGACUGUGCGCUGGACCUGAUGAGGCGCUUGCCUCCGCAGCAGAUCGAGAAGAACCUCAGCGACCUCAUCGACCUGGUGCCCAGUCUGUGUGAAGACCUGCUGUCGUCAGUGGAUCAGCCGCUGAAGAUCGCGCGUGAUAAAGUCGUGGGCAAAGACUAUCUGCUCUGUGACUACAACCGUGAUGGAGACUCCUACAGAUCUCCCUGGAGUAAUAAAUACGAGCCUCCGAUCGACGACGGCGCCAUGCCCUCGGCUCGUCUGCGCAAGCUGGAGGUGGAGGCUAACAACGCCUUCGACCAGUACAGAGACCUGUAUUUCGAGGGCGGGGUUUCCUCCGUCUACCUGUGGGAUCUGGAUCACGGAUUCGCCGGAGUCAUCCUCAUCAAGAAAGCUGGAGACGGCUCCAAGAAGAUCAAGGGAUGCUGGGACUCCAUCCACGUGGUGGAGGUGCAGGUGAGAGCCGGCGCUCCACUUCCUGUGCAGACAGGAAGUCCAUUUUCUACAGUAAUGCUGUGGCUCCAGACCACCAAAACCGGCUCCGGCACCAUGAACCUGGGCGGCAGCCUCACCAGACAGAUGGAGAAAGACGAGACGGUCAGCGAAUCCUCUCCUCACAUCGCUAACAUCGGCCGCCUGGUGGAGGUGAUUCUCUCACGCAGAUGCUAGUUUAGCUCUCGUCUCGUCAUACACACGCUCAAACUCUCUCUCAAGACCAAGGACAUCGUCAACGGCCUGAGGAGCGUUCAGAUGCUGGCGGAUAAAUCGAAGCAGGAGGCUCUGAAGAACGACCUGAUGCAAGUGCUUAGCCAACGCAGCAAACAGCAAAGCUAGAGACGAUCACCUGCCCGUCUCUCUCUCCGUCUGUCUGUCUCACUCUCUCUGUCUCUCCACCUCAAGGCUGUCUGUCUGCAUCUGCGCAAAACAAAGGAAAUAAGAGAAAAGGCUACGCUUUUUGUUUUUGUAUUUCGGCUCACGUUUCACCUCACCCAUCUCUCUCUCUCUGGUCUGUAAUCAUGUUGUAUUAAGACAGCGUCUGAUUGGCUCUCGGUGACAUCAUCGCAGUGGGGGCGGAGCUUUUCUCCCGCCAUCAGAAGAACAAGUUUUCUCGUAGUCUUACCCGUCACGUACGCGCGUCAGGAAUAAAUGAGGAGCGGGUGAUUAUAUAAAUAUAUAUAUAUAAAUAUACACACGUAUGUAUGUAUUAUGACCAUUGUCUUGCUGGUAAUAUUAAACUUUCUGCUCGAGUCCAUGCAGACGAGUGUGUUUUACGCGAGUGUGUUUAACGUGUGUUUGUGUCAUGAAGCAGCAAACAUAUUCCCCUCUCUGUCCAUCUGGGAGCGUCAGACGGUUUCGUUGUUUUCUUCGGGUUGGAUUAUUAUUUGUCGAGUUUUCUUUUGGUUUUUAUUUUUAUUUUUUUUUGUUUUUUGUAAAGCUUACAGUUUAUGUUGUAUUAGGGCCUCCAGCAACAAUAAAAACAGGAAAAACUGA